GCUGCAGCCCAGUCAACCAUUGAUGAGUUAUUUCCCCCUGAUGAAGUGUCCACAGAUUUAGAUCAGAUAGUUGUCUCCCUUGACAGAGAUCUCGUGGAUGAUUUUCCCGCCUCUGAUCCACGCUGGGCGGAGUCUAGACAAGAUGCCACCAGUAGCACCACUUCACUAAUCAUCAUCAACCAGCUGACAGAUAAACUCAGAGCUCACGAGUACGUCAUCAACUUCCUCAAAAAGAUGAGUCUCUGGGAACAGUUGAAUCUAGUAACCAUACGGGACACACGGAUGUUGACAAGACAUGUGAUGUGUGAACACGCAGAAAAAGUACAGGCCGCCAUAGCACUACGUCAAUUACAUGGGGAGUUUACUGGUAUAGUGGAUGCAGCCAUAAAGAAAGUGUUGGAAAUGAGACGAGACGUCAACAUUUCCCUAAACCUGACCCCACAGGAUUUAUUUUACAGGGAGGUGUCAAGGAUACAGGAAGUAGUCGAGUGUUUGUUGGCGUAUCAGGAGGAAGUACUGAUGGCUGACGUCACGGUAACGGAGAUUCUCACCGUCAUUACAUCAGUCAACACAAUAUUACAGGAAAUGUUACAUAAAGCCCUACAGUAUCGUCAGACCAAAUCCACAAUGUACGAAUGUGAGGCCCCUCAAGGGGACGUCCCAGAAUACAUACCCUGGACAUCUACAGGAGGGGACCAUGGGAUCAGGACAUUCCUUGUUAAACAGUUCAGUAAGACUAUAGAGGUGGUAAUCCCUGAAAUCCGUGACCCCGAGGGUCAGGAGAAGAUCUACCAACAGCUGGCAGCCAUCGCUGAUAUCGUCCUGGACGGUUACGUCAGUCAGUUAGAAUCGCUAGAAAAUAACGUCAGUAGACGACAGCACUUCAACGAACUACAGCGACGGUACGAACAGGACAGACAACAGCUGAUUAUGCCUCUCAUGGAGGGGAAGCAGUACGAGUUAGCGGCGUCCCUAGCCGAGAAAUAUUGUGACUUUGAAAUCCUGAUUCAGCUGUGUGAGUUAUCACACAACACAGACAGGAUAGAGAAAUAUCUACAUCAGUUCUCUGACAAGGGUUUUGCAAAUUUCCUAUACACAUGGUACAUGAAAGAAGGUAAGAGAGGAAAGCUCCUGGCUUUACCAGUCAGUCAACAGAGAGAACUUGGUAGAUUUCUACAAAAGGAGGACAUUAAAUCUCUUAGCUGGCUCCACAAUAUACAGACCAACAACUUCUCUAAGGCCCACGCCACUCUUUUAGAGUUGGGCAAAAUGGAGCAGGGCUCUUUGGCAAAGAAAAAGACACUGUUAAGUCUAAGUAAAUUGGCCGGACUAGCAGCUGUCCCAGAUAAUGGAGAAAUAGACAGCAACAUACUAGACAUCAAUGAAGAACAAGAAUUAAUUGCCCAUCAGCAGCAGUUACCUGCCCUUGUCAUAGAGAACCUUGGCAUAGAGCCAAACAAUAUGAGAGUUCUCUCCCCUGUACAGCUGAUAGAGUUAUACAUCUCAGGAACAAACAUUGAUGCCACGGAAUAUGAUUUCAAGAAAGCACUGGAUCUCUUACAAUACAUAGACAAGACCGACCCAUCAAUAGACUAUGAAAGUCUGAGGAUGCACAUUUGGGCCCAGUCUAUUCUUAGAGACAGCUGGCAACAAGAUGAUUCAGUGGAUGUUAUGGAGACCAUCAUGAAUACUGUGUUCUUUAAAACAGUGGACUUGGCUUACAAAGAAGGAAUGGACGUGAAGACAUUUAUGCCAGAAUUGAGGGCAGUGUUACAUUGUGAUGAACUUGGAGAACUUAAAGAUAAUGCUGGAUUUCAGUAUUUGAUACAGGCUGGAUAUGAGCAUAUUGGACAAGUUUUAUGAAUUAUAUUGAGAGACAGACUGUUUUAGAUACAAAGCUUUGCAUGUAUGAACAUAUUGGAUAAGUGUUAGGAUUUAUGAAUAGUUGUUAACCAAAAUUUCAAUUCUGAUAUAAUUAAGUGAAAUAGAGGAGGACAGGCAAUGUAGUAAAUGUGCAAAAUAUGAAAAGGUAGCACAGUAAUAAUGCCAUUCGCAGUAGAAUUAAGGUGAAGAUUGGAAUAUUGAUAAGGAAUGUUGCAAUAAAAGCCAAAAAUUUA